UUAUCAUUCCCUCACUCAUUAAGGAGAUUUUAAUUGCUGAAACUUCAACGCAGAGUGUCCAAAAGAUACAUCAAAAUAGGAUUGUCUCCUUUGUUUUUGUGCGAUUUCUUGAAUCAUGAGCGAUCAGGCCAAAACAGAGCUGUCAUGCGGGAGGUCCGGCGAGAGCGUCCCCUGGUACCCCCUGAGAAAAUGGUGGCAGUCCAGCAGGCUUUUCAAUCAGGAUGUUGGCCUGCCGCCCUUCCUGGAGCCGGGGGACCCUCGGUGGAUGGAUGUGGACUGGCUCCAGAGGAGUCUGGCAGCCUGCUCCUGGCUGGGGUGCAUACCCGCUCCACUGUUUGUGCCCUACAUCUCUGGGUCGAUGCGUCAUCCCGGACAGAAGAUUAGCGAAGAGCAGUACAAGUGGAGGGUCAGCCUGGAAGUGGCUCACUUCUUUCCCCUGGAGAUUUCUGUCAGCGUCAGAGACGGAUUCCUGCAGGUCGGAGGGAAACACGAGGAGAGGCCAGACGAGCAUGGAUUUAUUGCCAGAUGUUUUACAAGGAAAUACAGGCUCCCAGCUGAGAUUGAUGCAACCAAAAUGGUAUCCACACUCUCUGUUGAUGGUAUCCUGACUGUGGAAGCUCCAGUUUCCGAAACCUCCGUUCCUGCUGCCAUCAUCAUCCCCAUAAAGGUGGAGCUGGAGGCCACUGGAGAAAAACAAGAGAAAGAAGAAGCCCCUGAUGCAGACCCAGAGGAUGACGGGGAAGAGUCUCCAGUAGAGGACCAUGGUGGUCAGGCCCACCCUGGCAGCACCACAGCUGGGCCUCAGCAGCAUGAAGAGACGAGGGAACAGAGGGAGGAGACCUAUGAAAAGCCAGCUGGAGACUCUGUAGACGGCAAAGGCACAGAGAGUAUUCAAGAUUCUUCUAAGCACCGUGAAGCCCAGGAAAUCCAAGAAAGCCCAUUCAAACAGCCAGAGCACAAAGAAGCAGUCGUGGAUGGAGAGAUCCAGGUAAUGGCAGGCUCGGGGGAGGCUGCUAAGGAGAUCACCCACCCUGGGGAGCCGGAGCUGGGCAAGAAUCCACCUAGCGAGGUCCCGAGCCAGGAGCUGGAGGCCCCCAACAUAGAACAAGAACACGCCGAGUAAAAAACACACCACAUUUUGACAAAAUACCUGCACCGCUUGCCUUGCACCAGCUCUACAGAUGCAUUUUAGUCUAUAGAUAUAAUAUCCGUAUAUAAUCAUGCUGACUUUGGAGCUCCAAUAAAGCAAUAGCAUGUUAAAAAUGUUAAA